AUGGCAGACUUGGAGCCCCCCCCCACCCCGGCCUCCCCCUCGUUCCCCCGCCGCGCCCUUUCCGAAGUCGGCCUCGUCACCGUCUUUCACUCCCCCCGGGACAUCAAGCUUCUCUGCCUCCAGCGCUUUAUCCGCCUCUUCGCCUACGGCUCCUCCAUCCUCACCCUCGUCCCCUUGCUCGAAUUCCUCGGUCACUCGCGCUCGCAGUCGGGCCUCUUCAUGACCCUCACCCUUAUUGGCGACGUUCUCGUCAGCUUCCUCCUCACUCUGUUCGCCGACUCGGCCGGGCGGAAAUUUGUCCUCGCGUGGGGGGCAGCGCUCAUGGCUUUCAGCGGGCUGGUCUUUGCGUGGGCGUCCAAUUACUGGGUCUUGCUCGCCGCGGCCGUCUUGGGCGUCAUUUCGCCAAGCGGGAAUGAGAUUGGCCCGUUUAAGGCCGUCGAGGACAGCGUGGUGGCGAACCUAAUAGCACAGAGGCAGAGGGGAGAUGUGUAUGCUUGGUAUAGCAUCGCGGGCAAGUCGGGGAAGGCGCUUGGAAUCACGAAGCAGAAGCCAAGCAAGAGAAAUUGGCGGCUUCUCCCAAAAGUCAGUCCUGAGAGCAAGAGCAUAACCGCCACGCUCUGCCUCAUCUUUGCCUUCGACUCGUUGGCCUCUGGAAUUACUCCCCUGUCAUGGGUGACCGUUUACUUUCGCUCACGCUUCAAUAUGGAAGAGGGCAAACUCGGCUCCAUCUUCUUCGCCACCAGCAUCAUCUCUGCCGUGUCUGUCCUUGUCGCCUCGUCUCUGGCCAAGCGCCUCGGCAACGUCAAGACCAUGGUUUUCACCCACCUCCCCUCGGCUAUAUUCCUCUCACUCAUCCCCCUGCCAUCCUCCCUCCCCCUCUCCCUUGUCUUCCUCGUCCUCCGCUCCUGCACUCAAUCUAUGGUUGUCGCCCCUCGCUCCGCCUUCCUCGCAGCCAUCCUGCUCCCCAACGAGCGUACGGCCGUUAUGGGCACCGUCAAUGUCGUCAAGACGGCGGCGCAGAGCAUGGGGCCCCUCAUCACCGGCGUGCUCGCCAACCAUGGCCUCUUCUGGAUGAGCUUCCUGUUGCGGGAUCGGGAAGAGGCAAAAAAGGAUGAGGAGGCAAGUUGA